AUGAUUUCUGGUUUGGAAGAUCUCGUAAAUUGCACUGUACUGGUAGUAACAUACGACGGUCGCGUCUUUGUGGGAUCGCUCGAGGGUUUCGAUCAACUCACAAAUCUGAUCCUCAACCAGAGCGAGGAACGAGUAUAUCGUUGCAAUUCUCCCGUGGAACGUCUUAAGCUGGGAUUAUUUGUGAUUAGGGGUGACAACGUUGUCUUGAUAGGAGAGGUGGAUAACGAACUUGAUUUUUCAACCAAUUUUGACCAAAUAUCUGCUUCAGCGAUCGGUCCAAUCAUUGCAUAG